UCCACACAUAUUGACAGACACAGUGUGUAGACACACUUUCUCUUAUCCAUUCAGCUUCUUUCUCUCUCUCUCUCUCUCUCUCUCUCUCUCACACACACAAACACACAGUUUCUACAGUCUCAAAUAUUAUCACACUUUCCCUGUCUCUGAGUCUAGAGAUCCUGCGCAGAGAAAAAAAACUGUCUUAACUUCAAAACUGCUCAGAGAACAAGAGAUCUAGAGUGACAUAGAGGGAGAGAGACAGCAAGAACAGAACAGAAAGGGUUGCAGAUAUGCUGAGGGCUCAGAACGAUGGAUUAGUGUAGAAUGAAAUUCACCCAAAACACUGUAAAGAAGAGAACCUGAAUCAAGAAGACAAAAGCUCAGAAAUUUACUGCACACAGUUCUGGAACAGCCAAAAUCUACAGCUGUUGUGGGGGUGUGUGAUCUCCAGCUGUGUGUGUUAGUUUUUGUGCAUCACCGUGCCGCCCUUGACCUGACUGGACUGACGCCAUGCUGUGGACGCUGCUCCUGGCUUUGAUCCUGCUGCUGUUGCUCCAGGCUCAGCUGCUUGUUUGUCUACACGAACUCAGAGCCACCCUAACCGCUGUGACUUCGACGAACCCUUCUGGAACUUUCAAUGCCAUGGCUCUGCAACGUCUGCCAGGGGCCAUCAUCAUCGGAGUGCGCAAGGGAGGCACCAGGGCCCUUUUAGAGAUGCUCAACCUACACCCUGAUGUGGAGGUAGCCAAGACAGAGAUCCAUUACUUCAACCAGGAGGAAAACUUUCGGAAAGGUCUAGACUGGUACCGUGCCCAAAUGCCCAUCACCCUCCCUGGGCAGCUGACUGUGGAAAAGACUCCUGGCUACUUUACAGCACCACCGGCCCCGAGAAGGAUAUGGGCCACAAAUCCAGCAGUAAAACUGCUGCUAAUUGUUCGUGACCCCGCGGAGAGGCUUGUGUCAGACUACACACAAGUUCUCCACAACCGAAUUCAGCAAAAUAAGCCAUACCAGCCACUGGAAGAGAUGUUACUAUCACAAGGACACAUCAACCCCAAAUACAAGGCCCUUCAGCGAAGUUUCUACUACCAACACCUGGCCAGAUGGAUGGAGCUUUUUCCCAGGGAGCAAAUCCACAUUGUGGAUGGAGAGGCACUGAUCCAGAAUCCUUUCCCUGAGCUCCAGAAAGCAGAGAAAUUUUUGGAACUUCCACCUCGGAUAAAGCCAGAUAAUUUCUACUUCAACGUCACAAAAGGUUUUUAUUGUAUGCUGUCUGAGGGACAAGACAAGUGCCUGGAUGAGUCGAAAGGAAGACCACAUGCACCUCUAAGCAAUGAGGCAUUCCAGAAACUCUGUAGAUAUCUACGAAUACCCAACCAAAUAUUUUUCAAAAUGGUGGGCCAGAGAUUUGACUGGUGCUAAAGACAGCCAAAAUUAAUUGACAUCAAAUACACAGAGACUGAGAAUGGGAUUCAUACUAUUAUUGGCAAACCAGUUCUCUGAAAAAAUUUCAAUUUUGCUAUAUAGUAAUCGGAUCAAAAGUGGCUGGAUGACCAGAUUGCUUGAGGGACAAACAUAGGCUACAGUAAGUUUCCAGAUGAGUGCCAAAAAAUCUGCUGAAACUCUAGUACAUAGACAGGUUGUCUUCUGUGGACAACAGAAUAGUUACGCAGGACUUCACUGUUUGGAUCACCUUUGUCGCCAAACAUCUGAUCUGUCAGUUCAAAUGGAGAUGCUGUGGAUUUGUGGUGGAAAACAAUGACUAGAUUUCCAUUCAUUGAAGAGACUGAAUUUGAAAGUCCAAAUGGUGGACUUGGUUUUCUCUAAUAGAAAAGAAAGACAGAAUGUGGAUAGACAUAAAGGUUUGAAUACUGCAAGAAAAAAACCUGAACUAUAUUACCAGUGCAUAAAGUGGUGCUUGGAAGAAUUAAAACAAAUCGUCAGCUGUAAUUAUUCUCGUUUAAAUAUUUAAUUCUCAUGUUUAAUAUACUCAUUUGUACUUCACUAUUUUAUUUUAAU